AUGGAUCCCCGUUCUCGUGCCUGUUACAACUGCGGUGACGCUGCUCACCAGGCCAAGGAUUGCCCUAAGAAGGGAACCCCUACUUGUUACAACUGCGGUGGUGAGGGUCACGUCAACCGCGAGUGCCCCAACCCCCCCAAGGAGCGUACCUGCUACCGCUGUGGUCAAGCUGGUCACCUGUCCCGGGAGUGCCCCCAGGGUGGCAGCUUCGGCGGUGCCCAGGGUGGUGCUCCCCAAGAGUGCUACAAGUGUGGCCAGCCCGGCCACAUUGCCCGUAACUGCUCCCAGGGCGGUGCCCAGGGUGGUAGCUACGGUGGUGGCUACUCGUCAUUCAACAACAACCGUGGCCAAACUUGCUACUCCUGCGGUGGCUUCGGCCACAUGGCCCGUGACUGCACCCAGGGUCAAAAAUGCUACAACUGUGGCGAGGUUGGCCACGUUUCCCGCGAUUGCACCACUGAGGCUCGCGGUGAGCGUGUCUGCUACAAGUGUAAGCAGCCCGGCCACGUCCAGGCUGCCUGCCCCAACUAA